AUGUCCAUUCCUUCGGCUCGAUCAGCCUUGGCAUUAUUAACAAGACCGACUUUGUCUAACGCUGUCGCUUCUUCUUCUCGCUAUCUGAGUGCAUCAUCAGCAUCACGAAUGGCAUCAGCCCCUGUAUCAUCUUCAACGACAUCCACUUCCGACGAAGAUUCCGGGACUGGACUUCCAGUACCAUUAAGCAAAAUCAAUAAAUUCCUUUCAUUCCCAAAAGUUGAACCCCACCAACCUCCUCACGGAGUACACGUCGCAACACUGCAUUUACAAUCGUAUCAAUCAUACAACCUGGAUCUAACAACUCAAUUCGCAGUGCAUUCAGCACAUUCAUUGAAAAUACCUACUUCUCUACCCGCUUUUUUACCAAAAGAAAAAUCAUUAUAUACAGUAUUGAAAUCACCUUUCGUCAAGAAGAAAGCUCAAGAAAAUUUCGAAAGAAUAACAUAUAAAAGAGCUGUCAAAGUGUUUGAUACGAACAAGGAAAUGAUCGAUUUAUGGUUGAGAUACCUGAGACAAAAUGGUUUACCAGGUGUAGGUAUGAAAGCCUAUAUUCAUGAAUUCGUCGAAUUAGGUUUUGGCCAAAAAGAAGAAGAAAUCAAUAGUAACAUUAACAACAAUAAAGACCAAGUUGUCGAUGAGAAAAGAAUUCACGAUGCUGCUCAACAAUUAGUCAAAGCGUUGAGCGAAGAGGAAGGAGCUGCUACAGGAGCAGGAGAAGGAGAGGUGAAAGCUGUAGGAGGAGGGAAUGCAGGUGCAGAUGUCGAAGCAGCUGUAAAAGCGGAGGAAAAACAAUAG